UGUCGUGAGAAAUAGCAGAGCGAUCCUUCCAACUUGAGCAAGUUAGGAACCACCUCCGUUGACUUUCCUUGGGUUUUUAUUUAAAGUCAGAAGUGGGAGUUGCAUGAUGAUGCAGUCAGAUUGAUGUCUUAACCUCCCCCUGGUGUACAAUUCUCUUUGAGAUCUGCAGCCCCAGUCUGAGUGAGUGGCCAGUGUUUCCGAGUGGGCUUUGUAGUCUGCCCGCUGUCUGUCUGCCUCACCUUGCAGCCUCCCUCUCCCACCCACUGACCCAUCCCCAGGACCAGGGCUCUGCGUCCAGUUGUGUGUGUUUAUUUUUGUUUUGGUUUGCAGGAUGCAGGCUGCAGCCGGUUCCUACAACUCCAGCGUCGCCCCCAGCGCGCUCCCGGGAGCGAACACCAGCCGCUCCAACCUCACCGACCGCUUCGACAGGAACGAGGCGCUCGCCCGCACCGAGAUCUCGCUGCUGGGGAUCAUCUUCGUCCUGGCGGUGCUGGGCAAUGUGACGGUGCUGCUGGCUCUGUGCAAGAGCCGCCGGAAGACCUCCAAGAUGCACCUCUUCAUCAAACACUUGAGCCUGGCCGAUCUGUCAGUGGCUGUCUUUCAGGUCCUGCCCCAAUUCAGCUGGGACAUCACCUACCGCUUCCAGGGGCCAGACCUACUCUGCCGCAUGGUGAAGCACCUGCAGAUCUUUGGCAUGUUCGCCUCCACCUACAUGAUAGUCAUGAUGUCGGUGGACCGCUACAUUGCCAUCUGCCACCCCCUGAAGACCCUGCAGCAGCCUACCCAGAGGUCCUACUUGAUGAUCAUUGGGACCUGGGUGGGCAGCUUCAUCCUCAGCAGCCCGCAGUCCUUCAUCUUCUCCAUGCGGGAGAUCAAAAAGGAUUCCGGGGUCUACGACUGCUGGGCCAACUUCAUCCUGCCCUGGGGCAUCAAGGCGUACAUCACCUGGAUAGCGCUGGGGGUCUUCGCCGUGCCCAUGCUCAUCGUGCUGGUGUGUUACACCUGCAUCUGCUACAGCAUCUUCAGGAACAUCAAGUACAAGACCAAGGCUCCGACCGAUACCUCCUUCAAGAAUGGCCUCAUCACCUCCGGAGUCAGCAGCAUCAACACCAUCUCCAAAGCCAAGAUCCGAACGGUGAAGAUGACCCUGGUGAUUGUCUUGGCUUAUAUCGUGUGCUGGGCUCCCUUCUUCAUUGUCCAACUGUGGUCUGUCUGGGACACGAACGCUCCCAAGGAUGAUUCGACGGACGCUGCCUUUACCCUCACGAUAUUACUAGCAAGUCUGAACAGCUGCUGUAACCCGUGGAUCUACAUGUUCUUCAGUGGCCACCUCCUGAGUGACAUCAUCUAUGUCUUUUCCUGUUGCCACAAAAUUACCGGGAAGCUGAAGACGGAGGAUUCAGAAACCAGCAUCAAGAGGCACACCCUGCUGACAAAGGUCAGCCAUAGGAGCCCAACAUUCAGCUUGUGCAAUUGGAAAGACAAUGACAAUGACAAUGACGCAUCUUCUCAGUCAUUCCAGACAAUGCCAGUAGAGACCUGAGGUGACCUGAUUGCUGACUACACUCCCCUCCACCCCCAUUAAACCAUUUAUAUUACUUAAAUGCACUGCCAUUGAGAUUGUGAUCAAAGAUCUGAUUAUCCAAAGCUUACCCUUAUAUUCAUAGCACUUUGCUUACCUGAGUGUUAAGGAAGGGCAUCAGCUUAAAUGUGACCAGGUACUGGAUGGCAUCAAUCCAAUUAAACCCAAAUGAAUGGCAUUUAUUUUUGUUUGUCCAGUAGGAAUGAAAUAAUUAGUCUUGUGGCUGUUAAGUACAAAAGCUGGUGAUCGUAGAUGUACUAUGGAUGAACAAAAACAUUCAGCAAACAUUGCAUCUUUCAGAUGGAUAGCAUAUCAAUUAUACAUCUGAAUGUUAAAUGAUGAAACUUGUGCAAUACUGAAUUAUAUUUCAUCCAAUACAUGGCAUAGAAUUGAAAACUCUAAAGUAAUAUUUUGAGAUGUUAGAAUAUACAUAUUGUCCAAAUAUUGAAUAAUGGUUAAUUGGUAACAGUUCUGAUUUUGCAACCACCCCAUGCCAGUCACAAGCAAUGAUGAUCGCUAGCACUUUGUCCAAGUCGCAGUCAUAAAGUAUGAACCUGAGCUUUGAUGAUUGGUAGGCUGUUCCAUCGUGGAUGCUCAAUGCCCAAUGCCAAUCAUGCCCACAUUGACUAUGCCCCCAAACAUGCAUUCCAUCAAGGAUAACAGGUAGCAACUACAGCAUUCUAAUCUGGCUAGAAGCAACAAACUCAUAGGAACAAGCAGUCUGGUUCGGUAUCAAAUGGUGUGGUGCAUUUUCUCCCGAGUAUAGGAUGGGAAGCUGUGAAUGUUUAAGGUGGUUGAUCACAGCAACAAUCCACAUCAAAGGACCUUGCAGAAACCUUUGGAUUUCAAUGUUGUUUUUGAGCUGGUGUUGCCAACUGACUAUUUCGUGGUAUUGAUGACACCCACCCUUUACUCAUGUGAUUUGAAGUGAGGCUUCUGCUGCUAUCAUCACAGGAGUCUAUGUUGCCAGCAUUCUAGUGUGGAAUCUAGACUGGUCAACAAACUCUUAAUUCUGUUGCUUGACAUAAGUUACCACUUUCUGAAUUCUGGAGUGGGGGAGUGUGGCGUGGGGAAUUGGGAGGGUGGGGUGUUGUAGAGUGAUGUUUGAGGGAGACAGAAUGCAACAGAUAAAAGAUAAACCAUAAGAACGUAUAAAUAUAAAGUCAGAGAAUGGAAAACACAAACCGUCGGAGGGAGUAUGAUCUAAUCUUUGGUGAUAUCUAAGUGGAAAGAACAGGAUAAAAUACUCACGCUAAAACAAAAAUAAACUGGGAGAAGGCAGUUGGCAUACAUAGAAAUGACAAGUUAAAAAGUGACUCACUGAUAAUGGUCUAUAAUGGUAGAUGUGGCUUGAACCUUAAUGAUCCAGCCUGAUUAAAUGGGUAUAAAUAUAUAGUUAUAUUGGGAAUAAUGGCAAAUGAGACAAAAUUAGAUAUUAGCAUUGGAUCCCAGUUGACUUGGAUGCCAUGAAACUACUACAUUGUGGCGGAUGGUGUUUCAUUGGAUUUCUCCAUUAUCCCAAGGGAUAGAUGCCAUCAGAGAUCAGAGGUGUGAUUUUACCGUAAUAAAUUUGCAGAAAUAAUUGGAUCACUCUUAGGAAUUUUAGAACAGCAUUAAUGGAGACCUGGGAACUGGUCAUUGGGCUCACACUCUGGUCAUGAUCGAGGUAUGGAAAAUUUAUAGCACAGAAAGAAACCAUUCAGCCUAUUGUGUCAUUUCUAGGAUAUAUGGAGCAACAGAAGAAGAUAUUUAACAAUAACAUAGGAAAGAAGAAACAAAAAUGUACAUGCGCCUCAACAACAAUACUUGUGUAUCUUUUUAAAGAUCAUCAAAAAAUUAUAAUCUACCCAUGCACCACCUCACAGUCCUUAGAAGCUAUGUAAAUACAACAAGAAGUAUAACUGUGAUUGAAAAUUUGUUAAUGGAAUAUGUUUAAUGUUUUAUUCUAAAGCAUAAAUCUGCAAAGUAUAUGCCCAGUAAAGUGUUUGUUUUUCUAGAUUCCUCUUCCUAGCAUUUCCCUUCCCUGCAACCAACCCACUUCCAUCUGCUUCCCUCUGUGGGAAAAUAUGUGUUUGAGUGAAUAAGUUUGUAAUUCGUUCUUUAUGUUGCCUUUAACCACCUGGAUAUUGUUAAUAAAGUUUUAAAACAAUUAA